UGACAUUUCAAUUUGAAAUUCUCCCACGGGAAAUUGCGUACGGGUUUGUUGUUAUUCGUGGUGAUAUUGAAUAAUCUUUUUUAAAUGUGGACUAAAACUGAACACAACGUGUAAAGUGAUGUGAAAACUCUAGAUAUUGAGUUUAUAAGUGCAUCUAUGUGAAAACACGGUGUUAAAAUGGCUACAAUUACGAUGCAAAGAGACCUUGUUGUCUCGUUCAAGAAAGAGACUAUUUUGAACGUGGGAAUACUCAGCAAGCUGCAGCAAAUGCCUUCGGAGCUUAGCAGAUUGAUAUUCAGGGAGAAUGCUUUAGAAAAACCGACCCAGAGUUUGUUUAAUCAUCUGUCGUAUUACUUGGUGUCAAUAAUCGAUAAUCAGGUCUGCAGUACAUUGCCGUGGCCGCUGUACGACACGAAGACAGAGAGAGCGUACAGAAACGAGCUCUCUAACUUCAUCACAGACUACAGCAACAAAGGUUUGCUGUCUCCAGUCAUGUCUUCCUACUUGGUAAACCCUGGAUGCUACAAGGUGACCAUGCUAAUAUUCCAAAUGUCUCAACUUGCUGUCCAAAGGGUCGUACAAACGAAAAUGAUAAAUGAUUCACAGAAAAAGCUCUAUGACACCAUGACAGAAGAUUACAAAUCACACAAAGAAGGUUUUAUAGAGAAUAUUGAUAAAGAAACAGUGUCUAUGUCCAACAAGUUCUCCAAUUAUUUAUGUAAAAGAGCGGCAAUGGAGAAAAUAGCUGAAAUGUUCCGUAAGAAGAUUGUAGAGAUGGAGAAUAAAAUGGUUGAGCUUAAUGCACAAAAAUAUUUAGAUGAUAUUGUAGAUGGAUAUUUGAAAACGCACAAAGUUGAUGAAGUAACAAAAAAAGAAAUAUUAAGUAUAAAGGAUGUUCACAAACCAGCAAAGUUCUUUGAUGACUGGUUGGCGGAGACAGACAACAAAAUAACACAAUUAGAGGAGGAAUGGGAUUUGAAAAUGAAACCGUUCCUCCAGAAAUGUGUAGACACUAGGAACAGUAGCCAAAUGUUGAUAGCAAGACAAACGGGUGAAGCAGAAAGGAGUUCCUAUACUCUAGAAUACAAUCCUAAAACUGAUGACAUGUGUACGAAGGAACUGCAAAGCCAAGUAAACAGUGAACAGAGGUACAUCCUCAAAAACAUUACGAAAGAUGACAAAUUAAGUUUUCCGAAUCUUAUACGAGCUUUCCUCAUUUCAAUAUGUUUUAUACUGAAAAAUGCUGAAAUAGGAGAUGAGAUUUACAAGUUCAAUCAGUACUUGGAUGGAGGGAAACGGAACUUAGCGGAGAUUGUGUCUGCAAUGCGAGUUCUUGUGGAAAGAGUGAUGACUGCUGAAGCUAGACUACAGCCAUCAGAAUCGUCAUACAAUCAGUCAAUAUCUCUGAAGGAAUUCUCGGAAAUACCACCAUUACCUGACCUCUCAGAUUUGAAGAUGGGCAAAGACCUACAGUCUCAAGUUAUAUUUGACAACUUCACUCCUCUGAACAUUUCGAAGCAUCAGUUCAAUUUGCGUAGAAGAGUGCAGUCUUUUGUCAAACCGCCGUCGCGUUCAAUGCUCAUCGCGCCCUUCUACCAAGGACCAAAGGACGACUUCCUGAAAACCCUCAUAUCAUGCCGCUUUAGUUCCUACGACCGUCCAAACACGACACAAAACUUGAAUAUGUCCGUAAUAUCUCAAGUCAAUUGUAGAAAUAAUGAGACCAUAGCCGAAUGUUCCUCUGGUUUCACCAAACAGCAAAUAUUGAGACUACUGUCAACGAAGAAGUCCAGUAGUUCCAAAAAGUUUAAAUAUAAGACUGAAAGACCAGACAUUCAAGUGAAGAAAGGAGGAUUGUUCAAUGAGUCUGUAGUGUCUAAUAUUGACAAUGCUUUAUUCAGAAGUCAUUCAUCACCUAAUCUCUUUGAAAACAGAGAAAAGCGGUCAAAGAUUCCUAUUCCUAGGAAGCUCUCUAUUAUGCAAGAAGAUUGUCCACUUCUAGAAGUUUCUGGAAUCUCAGUGUUGGAGAAAGACAAUAGUUUUGGCACUCCUGAGGGUGUGCCUCGGUUAGAGAGUACACGGAAAAUAUUCGACGCUACAAGCAUGCCUGCCAUUACUGUAACUCCUGAAUCAGAAAAGGUUGUCACAGAGAAAGAAGACUCAAACAAGGUGCAUUUUGCAGAAUUAAAUGUACCAAAACUGCAGGAGAAUAUUCUGGAAGAAUGUAAGACUGAAACUCCAAAAACUAAUACACAAUUGAUUAGGAAAACUAGUUCAUUAGAGAAGAUUAUAAAUAGGUUUAAGAAAGUUAGGGCGAGUGUGUUGCCCAUUGACAAAAGUAAUGAAGAACUUAAUGAAUUCAAGACUAUUGCGGAAGAAAAAGAAAAUUUGAAUACAGUUAAUGUAGAUGUAUUCACAGCAAAUAGGGUCUUAUUGCCUGAUCUGUUAGGUCCAAGUUGCAGUGUGAUACCGCAGAAGUUAACUGAGGAUUAUUUAGAAGAGUUCAGCUUUGAUGAUGAGACUCCUUGCAGGAAACCGCGGGAAAGUCUAGGCACGGCCCUAGGAGUUGACAAUACAUUUUUAGACCAGUUUGAUUUGAUAGACUAAAGUACUAUAAGUUGUGAAGAGUCCAGUAUUUUCAAAGUAAUAGUAAUAAAGUUUAUUAUGCAAAUCUACUGCAGAUAUUUAUACUUACCUUUUAUCUAACUAGCCUAACCUGCCUAAAAAUAUAUUGCUGCACAAAUAUCACACUGUUGUCUGUUACAACUUCCUAAUAUUAAGUAAAUUAUGGCUUAUUACAAUUUCUCAAUUUCCUUGUAAUGAAGGAACUUCUGUAAAUAAAGAAAAUUGUGAGGCAAAUUUUAUGCUACACGAAACGAUCUUGCCUCGAAAGGCGUCUAAAUAUUAAAUUAUUAUGUAAUUAUUAUGUUAUCGGCUUACUCACGUAACUGUUUGACGAGGAACUCGUCUAGUUUCAAGCCAUGCUAGUUACGUGAGUAAGCCGUUAACAUUAUAAUAAUUAAUUAGUAUGUCUCACGAAAGUUAUAAUAAAAUUAGAGUCUAAAUAUGUUUGUUUUAAUAACAAUCUAAAAAGGCUGGUACAGUUUCUUAGACAGUGGAUUGUCAGUAUUUUAUCUGGACUCCAUAAGAUAAUACUUAUCCAUACCUAAGAAAUUGGUAAAAAUAUUAAUUUUUAUGAAUUCGAUUUGUGUUCACAUAAUGUAGUCAAAAGUUUUAAUCUUCUCUCAGCUUUAAUUUAAUGUUUUAGUUGCUUCCUCGAAAAACGAAAAACAAGUUUUGACAAACUUGUAAAUGAAACGCUUUUCGAUAGAUAGGUAUAGUGAUAAUGAAGUACGUUAUAUAUUAGUUUGUAGUUGUUUAGCUGUUAACUGUUGUCCAUGUAACUAGUUUUACUAAUAAAAUAACUAAACACUCAUGUA